AUUCUAACAAAAUGGUGUGUGCUAUGCAAGAAUUAAAUACCACAGCAGUGGCUAUAACAGAUCCUCAACAUCAGCAUCAUCAUCAUCACCAUCAUUUGCAUCAAACACCACAACUGCAUCAUACAUUGCAACAGCAACAAAUGCCACAACAGGUUGAAAUUGUCAGAGCUUUGCCCACGCAAUUCAGCAAUAAUAUGCAGCAGGCUCCACAGCAAAUGACCACCAUUGUGGUGUUAACAACACCCAGCAAUAUAACGGGACAACAGCAACAAACUGUUAUAAAUGUGCAACAUCAGCAACAAACUCAACAACAACAGCAGCAGUUGCAACAACAACAGCAGCAGCAACAAAUUUUAAGUAAUAACAAUAAAAGUCAACAAUUGAAGAAGCAACAUGCUUCCUUGGUUAGAUUGUUGGAAUCGGCGCCCAUAACAAAGAAAUCUUUGAAAAUGAACAAAACACAAAAUACUAGUCCUCAUUUACAGCAACAAAUUGUAAUACCUCAAUUACAGCAAACACAGCAACAGCAGCAACAACAACAGCAGCAGCAAAUCAUUUAUGUGCAACAGCAACAAACGCCGCAAACGUUAACGUUAACGCAACAGCAGCCACAAUUAGCUCAACAAUUGGCACAACCAAAAAGACUGAAAACAAACUCCUCCUCAUCAUCAUUAUCAUCAUCAACGACAUUAUCAUUAUUAAACACUACCAGCCCUUUAAAACAGCAACAGCAUCAAGUAGUAGUAUUACCGACAACAGCAACAACUAACAACAACAACAGCAACAGUGAUAGCAGCAACAUUAUAAAGACAUUAAACACCUCUAAUCACAAUUUAAUUAGUACAAUUACCCCAACAAAUUUAGCCAGAAAUCAUCAUCAUCAUCAGGAAUAUCAAAAACCUCAAGAGCAACAACUCCAGCAUCAGCAUCAGCAACAACAAUUGCCUCUUAAAACAGACACUGAAUCGGGUAUAGAUGAGGAGGAUACAGAGGAACAACAGGAAACCAAACCACAAACCUUAAACAAGGAAUUGGCCUAUGAGCCGCAACAAUGUCCCUGGAAGAAAAUCCGUUUUGCCAGAGAAUUAAAGCAAAAAGAACAAUUACAAAAGCAACAGGAAUACAAAGAAGAGCUAACAACAACAACAAAUAAUAAUAAUAAAUGUGAUAAUAACUCAACCACCAACAACAACAACAACACUAAAACAACUUCCUCCUCCUCCUCCUCAAACACAAAUUACGAAUUAAACCUCGCCGAACAAACCCACAAAGAAAUUGCCAUUUUGCUACAACAGCAACAUCAAAACUACCAGCAACAACAGCAGCAACAACAACAACAACACCGACGAGACAGCUCCGACAGCAAUUCAUCUCUAAUCAGCAACACCUCCAGUACACAUUCCCUCAGCAAUGGUUGUACUUGCACUCCCCAACAGCUUUCGCAAUCCCAACGAGACAGCAGUGAUGAUGAUCUUUAUAUGGAACACGACACCAGAAAACUCAACUCUUCUUCCAACAACUCACGACGCUCUAGUCUCAUACAAGAGGAAGCCGAGAUUGAGGGUGUCUUAUCGCUACCCUGCCAGUGUGCAGACUGUCAUUUGGAAAAUAUGGACGAUUCGGGCUGUGAUGAUGAUCAGAAGGAGGAGGAACAGUCAACGUUGAAUUAUUUGUGUCAGAAAUUCGAUGAGAAUUUGGAAACGGGCAAACACUGCAAUAAUAGUAAUAGUAAUAAUAACAAUACCACCGAUUUAGCUAAAGUGGCCAUAGUGAAGAGAGAGGAUAAGUGUAGUAAGGAUGGUGGUGAGAGGACGCCGACGCCGCAGCAGCAAGGGAAACAGCAAAAGGAUGAUGGCUUCUUCCGCCGCUCCAUACAGCAAAAAAUCCAAUAUCGUCCCUGUACAAAAAAUCAACAAUGCAGCAUUUUGCGCAUCAAUCGCAAUCGUUGUCAAUACUGUCGCCUGAAAAAGUGUAUUGCCGUCGGCAUGAGUCGUGAUGCGGUACGAUUUGGUCGUGUGCCGAAACGUGAAAAGGCUCGCAUUUUGGCUGCCAUGCAACAGUCAACACAGAAUCGUGGCCAACAGCGAGCCUUGUCCGGUGAAUUGGAUGAUCAACCGCGUCUAUUGUCAGCCGUAUUGAGAGCUCAUUUGGAAACCUGUGAAUUUACAAAAGAAAAGGUGGCGGCCAUGCGCCAGAGAGCGCGUGAAUGCCCCUCCUAUUCAAUGCCCACAUUAUUGGCCUGUCCUCUUAAUCCCGCCCCCGAACUACAGUCCGAACAGGAAUUCUCUCAGCGUUUCGCCCAUGUUAUACGCGGCGUUAUUGAUUUUGCUGGCAUGAUACCCGGCUUCCAGCUGCUUUCACAAGACGACAAAUUCACCCUGCUCAAGGCUGGUCUCUUUGAUGCUUUGUUCGUGCGCCUGAUCUGCAUGUUUGACAAUUCCAUUAACAGCAUUAUCUGCUUGAAUGGCCAGGUGAUGAGACGCGAUGCUAUACAGAAUGGUGCCAAUGCCCGUUUCCUAGUAGACUCCACAUUUAACUUUGCCGAACGCAUGAAUUCCAUGAAUUUAACAGAUGCCGAAAUCGGCUUGUUCUGUGCUAUUGUAUUGAUAACACCCGAUAGGCCGGGUUUGCGCAAUAUUGAAUUGAUAGAGAAAAUGUACAGUCGCUUGAAGGGUUGUCUGCAGACCAUCAUCAAUCAAAAUCGUCCCGAUCAGCCGGAUUUCAUGAAUAAGCUGCUGGAAACCAUGCCCGAUUUGCGUACUUUGAGCACUUUGCAUACGGAGAAAUUGGUAGUGUUUCGCACGGAACACAAAGAGCUGUUGCGCCAACAAAUGUGGUCCAUGGAGGAUGAACAGCCCUCUCUGUCCAAGAGUCCGAAUUCCUGGGAGGAUCAUCGCAUGGAUGUAGAGGCCAAAAGUCCUUUGGGUUCGGUGUCCAGCACAGAGUCCAAUGAUUUGGAAUAUCAAACCGCCUCUACCACCACAGCCAACCCAUCACCAGCAAAUUCAACGGUCAACCAUCAUUUGAAUCAUUUGCACACACAGCAAACAUCUUCGUUGGCCUCAUCUGCUCCCCUGCUGGCAGCCACCUUGUCCGGUACUUGCCCUCUGCGCAAUCGUGCCAAUUCGGGUUCGUCGGGAGACUCCACCAACGAAUUGGAUAUGGUGGUGGGCAGUCAUGCCCAUUUAACACAAAACGGUUUGACCAUUACCCCCAUUGUCAGAGCUCAUUCCCACCAACAGCUGCAUCAUCAUUUGACGGCGGCUGCCAACAGCACUCACCGCUAUCGCAAGCUGGACUCACCCACCGACUCGGGCAUCGAAUCGGGCAAUGAGAAGAACGAGUGCAGUAAAAAUGUUAGUUCAGGCGGCUCUUCCUCCUGCUCCAGUCCCCGCUCCAGUGUAGACGAUGCCUUGGACUGCAAUGAACAGGGCCAAAACAAUGCGAAUACUCAGGUUUCGGUAUCCGUGUCGCCAGUGAGGUCACCCCAACCUUUAGCUCAGCAAGCCAGUUCAACGUCCAGCAACACAACGUCCGCCAGCAGCAACUCCUCGGCUACUUUGAAACGACAAAUAGUGGAUGAUAUGCCGGUGUUGAAGAGAGUGUUGCAGGCUCCGCCAUUGUACGACACCAACUCCUUAAUGGACGAGGCCUAUAAGCCGCACAAGAAAUUCAGAGCCUUAAGGCAUCGAGAAUAUGAGUGCACGGAGGCAGAUGCCAGCAGUUCAACAAAUACACCGCUCUCAAAUCUACCCGCCGCUGCUAGCAGUAGUCCCACACAUCAACUCAAUACAAACGCCCAAAGUCCCCCACCCGCAGUAACAACAAACUCCAGCAUUAUUAACUCAACGGGACAGAACCAGCAGCAGGUGAUAUUGGUGCCACAGGCAACGCAUUCCCCCUCAGCACCCUUGGCCGCCUCACCGCCAGCCAUUGCUCAACACCAAAGCCAAUUGCACAUGCAUUUGACCCGACCAACACCCACCAAUUCCAAUACUGGUAGCAUGGGCCAGCAGCAAACCUCUUCGCUGUCCAGCACCCAUUCGGUGUUGGCCAAAUCGUUGAUGGCCGAGCCACGCAUGACACCCGAACAAAUGAAACGCUCGGAUAUUAUACAAAACUAUAUCAUGAGAGAUUCCCAGCAGACGGCCUCCUCCAGCAAUUCUUUGCUGGUGUGCUCUCCCCAUGGUCCUGGUAGCCGCAGUCCGGCUCCUUUGCAUCAUCAAAUGCAAAUGCACAAUUUGUAUAACAAUGGCAGCAACUCACCCAAUUCCAAUUGCAAUUCCCCCACCACCACCACCUCGACAACAGGCAUUAACAAUGCUUUGGCGUCACCGCCCAGCAGCAGCCCUGCAGCGGCACGCUGGACCGGACAUUCCGUUAUCACCACCACCACGAUAAAUCAACGCCAGCAAUCGGUAUCGCCCAGCAGUAAUGGCUCCUCCUCAUCUUCCUCCUCCACCUCUUCAUCCUCAUCAUCGUCGUCUUCAACGUCCUCCAACUCAUCAGCAGGUUGUCAGUAUUUCCAGUCACCCCACUCCACCUCAGCCUCGGUCUCACCGCCACGGCCCUCACCCUCACAAAUGAGCACACCGCCCCGUUUGCUGGAACUCCAGGUGGACAUUGCUGAUUCCCAGCAGCCUUUGAAUUUAAGCAAAAAGUCACCCACACCACCACCCAGUAAAUUGCAAGCUUUAGUGGCGGCCGCCACCGCAGCCCAGCGUUAUCCCACGGUCUCAGCCGAUGUCACAGUAACAGCCACCUCCAGCAACAACAGCACUACAGCAGCCGCCAGCACCACCACCACCAACAACAACCUGCAACAGCAAAAAGUCAUGCUAGAGGCGUAAGUGUAAACUAAACAACAGGGUUGCUUUAAGAGUGUGUUUAGCUAGAGAGGGAAAGAGAGCUAGAGAGAGAGCUUAUUACUUAAAAAGAGAGCUAACUCAGUAUUUUUGUUUUCAUAAGCUUUUCUAAACAGUUUAAGCUCUCUUUUAACAAAAGCUAACUUUCUUUUUUAAAGAGUUCUUCUUUUUUGAAACAAAUACAUAAAUUUUAAAUGAUCGAGACUGAAUACAACAAACAAAACAAACAAAUUACCAUUUAAAAAAAAAACAGAAAAUCAUUUAACUGGAAGCCAAGGGUCUUUGGAGAAACCCUUAACAACAAAAGGUUUAAUUAUUUAUUUAAAAAAAAACAAAAAUCCUCAAAACAAUUUCCUUAAAUUUAAACCUUUAUAAUUUACAGGGGCGGGCAAAAUAUGUAUUUUAAACCCAGACAGACAAAAAAAAAGAAAAGUUAUGAAAUAAUUUUCUUUUUUUUAAAAAAAAAAUAAAUUUUUUUUGCUGUUAAUUAUAAAAAGAAAAGAAAGAAAACCAACUAUAAAUUAUAAAAUAUUUAUUGUACAAAAGUAAUAUUAAAAAUAACAAUAUGCAUGCAAUUUAAAACAAAAAAUACAACAAGAAAUUGUCCUUUUUAAAGAUAAAUUUAAUGUUAUUUAAAAAACAAAAAAACAACAACAAACAAAUAUUUUUAAACUUUAAGCUUGUAUUAAUUAUUAAAAAUAUUAAAAUUUAAAAAAUUAAAAAAAAAAAAAUUACACACAAAUUAUAAAUGUAUUAAAUUAAAAUUGAGUUUUUAUGCUAAAAAUUUUAUGAUUUUCAAACAAAAAAAACCACAACAACAACUAUACUUAAACAAAAUUUUUAGCUUUUAAUUUAAUUUUUAAUUUUAAGUUUUAUUUUCUAAAAAAAAACACAACAACAAAAUUCGGUUUCUAAAACCUGUUAAAAUUUUUAUUACAAAACCAACAAAAAACAUUUUUUAAAAAAGAUGAUUUAUUUAAACAAAAAACUCUGCGAGUUUAAAAUUUAUUUAACUACAAAAAAAAUUAUAUUUUUUUUCCAUUUAAUUUAAAAAAUAAAGAAAAAAGUGGCAAAUAUUUCUAUUUUUAACUAUUAUUUUUAAAAAUAACUUUUUUCUUAAUAUUAUUAUUAUUAUUAAAUUUUAUGUUUUGUUUUUUUUUUAAUUUUUUGUUUUUUAUGUAUUUAAUUAUAUUUUUAUUAUUAUUAUUAUUUAAUUUUAAGUUUUAUGCUUUAAGUUUACUAUUAUUAUUACCACAUUUAAGUUUGUAUAGAAACAAUUUUAUUAUUAAUAAUGAAAAAAAAAACAAAAAACUACAAAAAAACAUACAAAAAAAACCACAAAAAAAAAACAAUUUCCAAUUUUAUUUUCUUAAAUAAAAUAAAAAAACAAUUUUUUUAAAAAUCCUACAAAAAAACAA